AUGCCUGAGUUUGUCGGCGCCAUCGACUGCGGAACGACCUCCGCGAGGUUCUUCAUCUUCGACCAGUACGCCCAGGUCGUCGCCAGCCACCAGGAGGAGUACAAGCAGAUUUAUCCCCAGCCGGGAUGGCACGAGCAGGACCCCCGCGACUGGGUCCACGCCAUCGACACCUGCAUCGCCCAUGCCACCGCCCGCUUCGUCGCCCUCGGCCACGCCCUCAGCGACCUCAAGACCAUGGGCAUCACCAACCAACGCGAGACGACGAUUGUCUGGGACAAGACCACCGGCGAAAGCCUGUACAACGCUAUCGCCUGGUCCGACGCUCGCACCACCGCCCUCGUCCACGCCUUCGAGAACAAAUCUAGCGUCUUCGGCACCGGCACCGACCAGCUCAAGAGCAAGACCGGGCUGCCGCUCAGCAACUACUUCACGGCCAUCAAGCUGCGCUGGCUGGUGGACCAUGUGCCCGCCGUCCAGGCGGCCAUUGACGCCGCCAACCUGCUCGUCGGCACCGUCGACACCUACCUUCUCUGGCAUUACACGGGCGGCGUGAACGGCGGCUCGUACGUCACCGACGUCACCAACGCCUCGCGCACCAUGCUCAUGGACCUCGAGACCCUCGCCUGGUGUCCCCACCUGCUCGAGUUCUUCGGCUUCGACCCCCGCCAUCUGCUCCCCCUGCUUCCCCGCAUCGUGUCCAACUCCGAGCCCCUGGGCCGCGUGCCCAUGGCGCAUGCCCACAUCCCCGGCCUGCUCGUCUCCGGGCUCAUCGGCGACCAGCAGGCCUCCCUCGUCGGAAACCAGUGCUUCGCGCCCGGCGAAAGCAAGAACACGUACGGCACCGGCUGCUUUAUGCUCUACAAUGCCGGCACUGAGCCUGUCUACAGUUCUCAUGGCCUUAUUACUACCUCCUCCGUUUGUUUCAGGCUCAAAAACAACCUCGGCCUGAUCUCGUCUGCCUCCGAGGUCGGCGAACUGGCCGCAUCGGUCGACGACACGGGCGGGGUGUACUUCGUGACCGGCUUCAGCGGCCUCUUUGCGCCCUACUGGGACGACAGUGCGACGGGGCUGAUGAUCGGGCUGACGGGGUUUACGACCAAGGCGCACAUCGCACGGGCGACGCUGGAGGCGACGUGUUUCCAGACGAAGGCCAUCCUGGACGCGAUGGCGCUCGACCAGGGCCUGUCGACGGUCUCGCGCGGGGGCAGCCCGCCCAGCUCGGCGCCGGCCUCCGUCGCAAGGUUCUCCCACUGCCACUCCGCCUCCUCCUCCUCCACCGCCUCGUCCUUCUCCAGCGCUGCCCUGCCCCAGACGCCCUCCGCCAAGCGCCCCAUCCCCGCCCGCCCCAGGUUGCAGACCAGAGAGUCCCUCGCCGUGUACGACUCCGCGCCCGCGGGGCCGCUUAAGCUGUUGAAGGUCGACGGCGGGAUGUCGGCCAGCGACACUCUUCUGCAGCUGCAGGCGGACCUCCUCGGCGUAGUCGUCGAGCGCUCGGAGAUGAAAGAGACGACCGCCUUAGGCGCCGCCCUGCUCGCCGGCCACGCUAUCGGACUCUUCGGCUGGGACCUCGCUCGCCCCGAGACCCUGUUCGCCACCCACUCGGCCGGCAAGACCGUGUUCAGACCGUCUAUCAGCAAGGCCCAGCGCGACCAGAAAUACCGCGGAUGGAACCGCGCGGUGACCCGGAGCAAAGGCUGGCUCGAAGACGACGACGACGAGCACCAGCAGCCCGAGGAGGAGGAGCACGACUGCGUCGAGAUCGUCGACUGCCAUACCACCCUCCAGGACGGCUGUCUCCGGGACGUCUUCUUCGGCGAACACGGCCAGCCCGUCUUCCGCCGCCAAGCCGCCGAGGCGAUCGUCCUCGGCCCGCUCGGAAAGAAGCCUGUCCGCGGGUGA